UUUUUUUCUUCUUGUUUUUCUUCCUUUAUUCUUCCUUCAUAAUAUGUCUCCUAUUGUUGAAAGCUUUAUUUCAGUUUCUAAAGACUCUGAUUUCCCUAUACAAAAUAUUCCAUUUGGUGUAUUUUCUACAAAAGAAAAGUCUGAUCCUCGUAUAGGAACAGCAAUUGGAGAUAAGGUACUUGAUCUUUAUGAAAUAGCAAAAGCUGGAUUAUUAGAUCAUAUUGAAGGCUUAAAUGAUCCUAAAAAAGUUUUUAGUGAGCCUUCUUUGAAUAAAUUCAUGGAAUUAGGACGUCCUGUUUGGAAGGCAACUCGUUUAGCUAUUCAGAAUAUUCUAUCUAAAGAUAAUAGUGUAUUAAGAGAUAAUAAAGAGCUUUUAGAAAAGGUAUUAGUGUCUAUGAAUACUGUCAAAAUGCAUUUACCAGCUAAAAUUGGAGAUUACACCGAUUUUUAUUGUUCUCGUGAACAUGCUACAAAUGUAGGUAUUAUGUUCAGAGGUAAAGACAAUGCACUUCAACCCAAUUGGCUUCAUAUCCCUGUUGGAUAUCAUGGUCGUGCAUCCUCUGUCAUUGUUUCAGGCACUGAUAUUCGUCGUCCUGCUGGUCAACGACUUCCAUCUAAGGAUAGUAAAACACCCAUCUUCGGUCCUUCUACUAGACUAGAUAUUGAAUUAGAGGUUGGUUGGUUUGUAGGUACUGGUAAUAAAUUAGGUGAACGCGUUGACUUGAAGAAUGCUCGAGAUCACAUCUUUGGUCUUGUCUUGGUGAAUGAUUGGAGUGCUCGAGAUAUUCAAGCUUGGGAAUAUGUUCCUUUAGGCCCUUUCCUUGGAAAGAGCUUUGGUACAACUAUUUCACCUUGGAUUGUCACUUUGGAUGCUCUUGAACCCUUCUUAGUAGAUGGUCCUGAUCAAAGUGCGCCAUCUCCAUUACCUUAUCUUCAAGAAAAGCAACCAUCUGCUUAUGAUAUUAAUCUUCAAGUUCAAAUCAAGCCUGCUGAAUCUAGUAAAUUUGAAACCGUUACCGUUUCUAACCUUAAACACAUGUAUUGGUCUAUCACUCAACAAUUAGCUCACCAUACAGUGAAUGGAUGUAAUUUAAGACCAGGUGAUAUGGGAGCAACUGGAACUAUUUCUGGACCUGAAAAAGGUUCUUAUGGUUCAUUGCUAGAAAUUACCUGGAGUGGACAAGAAAAAAUUAAAUUUGAAGACGGUAUUGAACGAGUCUUUUUACAAGACGGAGAUGAAGUCAAGAUUACAGGACAAGCUACUAAAGAAAAUUUAGAUUAUCAUAUUGGUUUUGGUAAUUGUAGUGGAAAGAUUUUACCCUGUUUAUAUGAAAAUGAAUAAUUUUAUGUGCAUAUAACCCAACCCCUCGCUAAAUUUUAAAAUUCGUGUUAGUUAAAACUACUAAUGACUUUCUACAAAAAAAAAAA